AAAAAUAACUUGGCAUUUAGGUACUUUCCCCCAAAUAUCCCAUACAUUAGUGCUCCACGGAGAGAGAAACCAUUUCACAGAAAAGAAACAAAACCCUACCGCCAUUGUCCCCAAGCCUUUUCUUCAUCAUUAUCAUUUUCCUUGAAGUUGCAGAGCUUGGCUUUUACCAAAACCUAACCUAAUUAUUUUUAUUUUAUUUCUAUUGAUAGCUUUGGUCUAUCAUUUUGGAAACGUCGGCGGUCUUCUGUUUAUCUCUCAGGUGUCGAUCACUGGUUUAAUUUUAUAUCUUGGAGGUUGGAGAAAUUUAUUUCCUUAAAAAAUUUCAUGGCAGACGUUACUUGUUACGGAAAAGAAGAAAAGGGCUUGAUGCUAAUUUAGUGUAGUGCAGGAUUUAAAAGCAGAAGCAUCAGAAUGCGCACAAGGACUUGCUAAUUUGUAUAAUUACUAUUUGUACUUCAAAAGAUUUGACGGGAUAAUAAGCUUGGUUUAUGUUUGGAGUCAUGCCGGUUUCAGCAAAUGAAGAGACUGGGGUUAAACCCGUUACUCGGCAGUCUAUUGACUAUCUUGCAGGUAUUCCUAUAAAAAAAAGAAGGUUUCCUCUAAUCAGGCCACCCUCGCCUCCAGCUGAAGAGCCAUGUUUGUGUCCAGCAGAAAGUAAUUCAUUGAAAAAGGACCAAUCUAGCCUAUCCCAGGGAUCAACGCUUUCAUAUUCGAGUGUUGCAACAACUUCUUCAGGUUUAUCGGAUGCAGUCAAGCAUCCUGAACCUGAAGAAAGAAGCUCUAGUGCUGUGAAUGAUCAUGUGGGGAAUAUCAAUUUGACUAAGGUCAAAGUUGAAGAACCUAGCCCCGCGAUUCAGCCAGGAUCUGCAGCUAACAUGAAUGGGGAAGAGAAACUAGUGAAAGCUAAAGACUCUGUAGGCCAGACUAUUUUAUUGAAGAAUGAGUUAAAACCAGCUGGGUUUGAUAUGCCUAUUAAGGAUAGAACUGAAGUGAAGGUUGAGCCAGAAGUUGCUGCUUUACAAGAGAACAGUAAGUCAUUAUUGAAUUUGAAAGAACAGUUUGUUCUGGCAUUGUCAAGCCAAAAUAGUGGAAGCCAAAAUCAGGAGAUCUUAGAACCUAUAUCACUGAAUUUGUCUUUGAGUAAAGAAAGAAGCAGCAGCUAUUGCAAAAGCAAUGUUGGUGAAGUGAAUGUCAGUAGUGCUCAUCUUUGUGCUAAUCGGGCUAACUGGGAUUUGAAUACCCCAAUGGAUACGUGGGAGGGUUCUUUGAGUGAUGCAGCUGUUAAUCAAACAGCUGGUGGGAUGGUUUCAGUUGGUCAAAGAGAAGAUACACAGCCAUUGAUAAGACUUGCUGUCACUUCGGAAAAGCCAUCAAGUAUAGAGAGUAAGAAUGUAACUGAUUUCUCCAGGCUGUCUAGCUGCAAGGACAAACCUGGUGACUCUCUUCAUUUACAACUUAGUCCAUCUUGUCUUAACUUCCCCAUUAAGGAACCUUCAACUGCAUCCCCUAAGUUAGAUACAAACAAAGUGAUUCCUAUGACAAACAUGCCUAGAGUGGUUUUGCCUAGUAUCAAUCUUGGUAAGGAUAUUAUUAGACCUGUAAAAUCAGAACCAAUUGAGGAGAGAAUUAAGCUGGACACACGUGGUGCUAAAUCCUUUUGUGUGGGCUCAUUAGAGAGUGCAGUGGUGAAAAGGGAGUUAGCUGAUCAAGGCGGUCUAGAAACUGUUAACCCUUCAGUUGAUUCUAGAUCCAUAAAAUCUGGCUCAGCUUUGGAAUGUAACAAGGUAACAAUAUCUUCUGUACACGGGAUGUCAUUACAAUCAAAUGAACAAAUGGUAGAAUGCCCAGAUAAACAUUUUUCUACUGCAGCAGUUACGGGUAGAAGCUCAGAGGUCGCUAGCCCUGUCAAUAAUCCUUCUUCAUCUGCAGAGUAUAAACCUUCUGGUGAAACAAUUAAAACUGCAGAGAUUACUUGCCCUGUUGUGAAUUCUUCCUUUUCUACAGUGUUAGUCAUGGGCGGUGAACAUAUAAAGCAAUCAGAAAAAGUUAGUUCUACUAGUGCAAUGCAUCGUAAAGCUUGUGAAAGUAGUAGGCAAUUUACACUAGAUAUGGCUGCUACGUCAGCAAGUAUUGAUGUUAAAGUAGACACUACAAAACCUGAAUGUAGUAAUAUAGAUAAUUCCAAGUUGUGUGAAUCCAAAGUCACAAAUGAUUUACCUUUGCUUGGAGAUGGUGAGGGUUCUGUUAGUGAUGAAGAAAAGAUUAAUAUUUCAGCUGAAAUAGGAGACUCUUAUAGUUCUGAUUAUGAGUCAGAUGGUAAUCACGCUGUAGAUAUGACUAUCGAUAUGGAAUUAGAUAGUGAUUACGAAGAUGGUGAAGUCAGAGAACCAAUUGAACAUACAGCAGUUGAGGUACCUGAGUGCAAGAAAGGACAAUCGGAACAUGCUGAUAUCAGUAUUUUUAAUAGAAAAGUGAUGGGCACAAUGGGAUUUGUCAAUGAUGCAGACCAUGCUUUUCACGUUGAGGGAAAAGACUCAAAACGUGAUAGUACUGAAAUAGAUAAGAAGGGUGGUGAAGAAGCUUCUGGUGUACUUCAUAGCAAUAAGUGUGAGAGUGGAUUUACUAAAGCUGCUUGUUUUCAAGAAUCAUUGACAACUGAAAGCUCAGCUAGUCGAGCUCCUAUAGAUGAGAUUAACAACGCUGCACUUAGUAUACCCCCUAGUGAAUCAGGGAAGAGAGAUGCGCAGGAGUGUCAAGACACAAAUCUUGAACAAGCUGCACGUGGAGGUGAAGCAACUGUACCAGCUAUUGCUCAAGGGACUGGUCUGAGUCUUGAUAAUGAUGAACUAGUACUACAGAGUGACACAGCUUUGGCCAAAUCAUCUUUGUACUUUGAUGAGGGAAAGGAUAUUGAUAGUGGAAGUCAUCGUAGCCGGAUUAUUAAUUUGCCGCGAUCUUCAGGUUCAUCUUCCCCCGGUAGGAACAGAACCUUUUCUGGGAGGGCAAUGCCAUAUAGAGCUGGUAGAGAGAGAUUUUCUGAUGUGACAAAUGAACGAGGCAUAGUAUAUUAUGGAGGGAGAGAGGAAAUUUAUGGUGAUGACACCCCCAAGUUUUUUAGGGAGAGGCACCAUGAUCAGACAGCUAGGAAUUCUAGGUUCAAUUAUAUUCGAGGCAGAGGUAGGAUUAAUAAUCGAAUAGAGACCUUUCGAGGUGAUCGAGAAUCUGAUCGUGACUUUGCUUCAGAAUUUCCCAACAGUCAACCAGAGUAUCGAGUUCCUAGACAUAAAUUUGCAUCUGAUGUUGAUCAUGAAUAUAAUACUUACAAUAUCACUCAAGAUGGAGGCUUUGUUGGUUCUGGUCGUGGAGGUAGGAAGCCUUUAAAUGAUGAGGGACCAUUUGGUCGGCGGAUUCCCUCAAGGAAGCAGUCUCCUGGUGCAGGGCCUGCAGGCCGUGGUAGGCAUAUGGUUAGAAGAAUGCCAAGAAAUAUUAGUCCUAGAUGUGUAGGCGAGGAUGAUUCUGAGUUGGUCAGACACAGGCGUAAUGACAAGUUUGCAAGGAGUUUUCCAGAUGAUGCUAUAGAUUCUCCUGUGUUCUCACGACCGCAUCCUCCAUUUGAGGGAGUAGAUGGUCAUUUUUCCCAAGGAAACAGGAACUUCCCAUCUGCCCAGAGAAAAGUUAUGCACCAUCCAAUUCGUUCAAAAUCUCCCUUAAGUGGUAGAAACCGUUCACCUGGGCCGUGGUCAUCCCCCAGGAGAAGAUCCCCAUAUGGGUUUUCUGGACAUCCAGAUUUGACACAAAGGUCUCCAUUUUACAGAAUAGACAGGAUGAGAUCCCCUGACCGCCGCUGUUUUGCUGGAGAAGUGGUGGUUAGAAGGCAUGACAUGAGAGAGAUGGAUUCAGGUCGCGAUCAUGGGCACCCAGGGUCUGGUAUGCCUAACAGAAGCCCUUCUGAUCGCAUUGCACUCAGAGAAAGAAGAUUUGGCGGUUUAGAUCCUCAAGAAAGGCCAGAGAAUGAUGAUUUCUUUGGGAGUCAUUUGCAUGAACUUGGAAAUGAUGUAAAUGGUGAAGAAAGAAGGUUUGGUGAGAGACGUGGACCUGUCCGUCCAUAUAGGACUCCUUUUAAUGGUGCUGAGGGUGAGACUUUUCAUCUCAAUGCUGAGGAUGGUUCUAGAUCUUUGAGGUUCUGUCCAGGUGAUGACACAAAUUUCCAAGAAAGGGGCAAUAUGAUUGAUAGAGAUUUCCACAUUAGGAUUAAGAAUAGACCUGGUAAUGCACCUAGACGAAUGAGAAAUAUUGAGGAGCAAGAAGCAAAUUACAGGCAUGGUGGUCAGGUGUGGCACAAUAAUGAAUUUGAUGAAAUGUCACGGGUUAAAAGGAAAAGGUUUUAAUUUUGUUUGGCUGUUGGUCUUUAUUUUGGAAUCGUUCUGCUUGUGAGAAUUGGGCCUGGUGGUCGUUUCGACUAAAUAUGCUGUGAGGCGUCUUACUUGUUAAAACACAAAGCAAGUUGCACGGUCCAAAGACUGAAUGCUUUGCGGCAUAUGAUUAAUUGAAUCGUCCUGUAAAUUGUUCAUGAAAAGCUCAAUUGACAAGUUUCUUGUCUGACUAAUCUCAACAUUGAUUGAACUCCCAGUUUCAUGUGGCAAGUUUUGUACACUCCCAAGGUAUGGUUGUAAAGCACUAUCUUACUGGUGGUCAUUUAUGAAGAAUGAAUGUUCCGCUCUUAGGUUGUGCGCUUGGCGGACAAAAAAUUGCAGGUAUGUACUGCUUGAAUCUGUUAGCACUCAACCAAUGUUUACGUUUACGGCUUUAGGCCAUCAAGGAAUCUGUUAGAAAGUUGAUAGUUUCCUUUUAGCCUUUUCUGCGUCAGUUUAUCUUCCUAUAGCAAGAAUAAACUGUUUGGUUUCUUUUUGGCAUGUUAUAGUUUCUGCCCCAGAGCUGAAAAGUAUCUUGAACUUCAUUUACAUGCUCUCCUUUAAUUUGGCAGGUUAUGUAAGUGGGUAGGUGAUUUGGGGGGUUUGGUCUUGGGGAAGGAUGUGAAGUUGAUUCUUACAGAUUGCCUUCUGGGUGCAUUGUAGACUAUGUAAUGAUUUAGCAGUCUUGCUAACAAUCCAUUAUGUUGUCUAAUAGAAAGAUCUUGUGGAGAAUGCUUAUGACUCAUUGUCUCUUAAGUUGAGGACUGUUAGAAUAUCAGUGGAAACAGGGGAUGGGCGCAUUUAAUUUACAAUGUUGGCGAUUCAUGUGCAUCCUGAAGCUUUAUGCAUAAAUCCCAAGUUUUACUGACAUUUUCUGCAGAAUCUUUAUUAAACUGGCAUUGAUUUCGUAUCACUAGUUACCAAAAAGGCUAUGGAAAUGCUCAUCUCUGUCUUCACUGCUCUACUUGUAAGCCAUUUCAUUUCAGGUUGCUUCAUGUGAUUAUUCGUCUUAAAUGAGAUGUUGGUAAUUGCUGUCAAUGCAAAGUUGGUGUUGUGGUGGUUGGAUGCCAUGAAUUGGGAAACUUUAGUUCUGGGUACAGUUUCUUUUCUCAACAAAAGCUGAAAAGUUUGGUAGCAUGACAAGUGAAUAAUUGUGAUGAAAUAACCCCAAGCUCAUUUGGUGUAUGAAAAUUCAGGAAGGUUCUGACCAUUGUUUUGGCGAUCCUUUGUGAAUGGGCAAAUAAUUACACGUUGGGCCUCAUUAUUUUCAUUAUCAA